UUUUGUUUCCUUCUAGAAAAAUGUCUGGAGCAAGAGAACAAGGAAAGCUGUUUGUCGGGGGGCUGAGCUGGAACACCACGUCAGAGAGCCUGGAAGCAACGUUCAGCGAGUAUGGUGAGAUCAUCGACUGCAAAGUCAUCACUGACAGGGAGACAGGCAGGUCUCGUGGUUUUGGGUUCGUAACAUAUUCAAACGACAGUGAUGCUUCUGAGGCCAAGAAGUGUAUGAACAACACAGACCUUGAUGGUCGACAGAUCCGUGUGGACUAUGCCAGCAAGAAGAGUGAAGGUGGCGGCGGCGGAGGCGGCUACAGGGGCGGCCGUGGUGGAGGUGGACGGUAUGGUGGCGGCGGCGGCGGAUAUGGCGGCGGCGGUGGCUACGGAGGCGGCCGCGGGAGACGUGGAGGCGGCGGAUAUCGUGGCGGUGAUUACGGCGACAGUGGCGGAUAUGGUGGUGGUGGUGGCCGCCGUAGCUACAACGAUGAUUCUUCAGGAUACGAGUCCCGCCAGCAACGGUACCAGCCAUACUGAAGAGCUGCAGAACACCUUCUUUAGCCGAAGAUAAGGAAGGAAAGUUUACAACUGAAGUUACUAAGCUAGUGUUUUCAUAUAUCUGAACUAUAUCUGAAUGUGUGUGAUCCUCAAUGUCUGUUGGCUGUGCAGAAAUGCAGCUACAGACAUUUAGGAUGUUUGUAUGUUGAAUUUGGUCAUUUACCUGGUUUUGUAUCUCGUAGAUAGUUAAAGCCAUGAUUGACUAUUUGAGUUGAACUGUUGUUUUAGAAUGAAAAUUUAGACUUAAUAGAAAGCAUACACAUUGUACUGAACAGCUAACAAAAAGCUAAGCCCCUGAAAAAGUGCACUAUACUUACGUAUGUUGUUGUUGUGGCUUAAGGACAAAAACCUAUUUUUACAGUAUCACCAUACCUCCAGUUCCUGUGUUCUUAAUUACAAUAGAUGCUUCAAACUUCAUUGUGGAAGAUGAGAUUGCUGUACCAACUAAACAUUACCAGUAAGAAUCAGUGGUUUUAAAUUCACACAUUUUCUUGGUGAUGUUCUAAAUCCAAGUUAAGAGUUGCUGAAGUACUUUGAAGCUACCAGUUUGCUCAAGAAUGAUCUGUUGACAAUUUUGUUUGUUGAUCUUGUAUCUUGUUCUUUUCCUGAAUGGUCGACUUGGAUGAUUGAAAUGUUACGUUAGUACGUGUGACUCAUUUGAUCGGAGAUGUGUUCAUGUCAAUGUAUGAUAAAUGGGGCAACAACUGAAAAAGUAAGACGUGAGAAUUUGGAGUUCUUUUCACCAAUAAAGAAAGACUUGUGACGUAACUUUUAAAA